GGCGUGUAUCGCAGGAGAAAAAAGAACAGUUGGAAACACAGCUGUCUUUAGCCAGGCAAGAAGUAAUGAAAAUGCAGGCAGAGAAAGACGCACUGAAUCACUGUUUGAACAAAGCUUUGGUGGGAUUGGCUCAGACUCGGUGGCAAAUGCGGAGGAGACCGCCCCGCCGUACUGACCCUGCCAAAGUCCGUACCGUGGCUGCACGGGUACGGGAGGAUGCUAGUUGGGAUCCCAUGAAGUGGGAUGAGGAUGUCUGGGACGAGGCUGAAGGGUUAGACUGGUAUCAGGCAAAACCAGUGACCCGUCGUCGCCAGACUGAGGAUAUGGCUCAGUUAAUGAUGAGGGCAGGAGUGUUUCUGGGAACGGCUGAUGCAUGGGCUGAUAUGAAUGUGCCCAAAUCAGUACGGGAUCAGCUGAUAGAAACCAGUCCUCCACAUUACAGACCCCUGGUGUUGACAUUAAUGUUAAAUGCUGUAGACAGACCUGCUUCUGCUGUACAAGGGAUGAUAAGAGAAUUAGAAAAUCUGGCAGAUGGAUUUUACUGGACCAUUGCCAGUCUCACAGAACUGUAAAUAUGCAUGUACUGCUGUAGAUACUUAUUCUGGAGUAUUGAUAGUUCACCCCUGUAAAUUUAGUAAUCAAAAGGCAACGUUAAGGUGUUUAGACAUGAUUGAACAAUAUUAUGGCAUGCCUGUGCAAAUUCAAACUGAUAAUGGAUCACAUUUCACAGGUCACAUGCCUGGUGUGCCUGGUGGAUGUCUGAGUGGGAGUGGAGGAGGUUGAUCGGAAGAUCCAAUAAGGAGGGGACGCAGAAGGAUCCUCGCUAGGGCCCGCCUGAGACCUGGUGGUGCUGCCUGCUGGGGCAUGCUGCUAGCUGCCCUCACUGUCACUGCGAUGACCCCCCACCAGUCGAUGGAGGAAGUGGUUCAGUUUCGAAUGGGCUGGAGGAACGCAACAACAAUGAGGCCUGUUACAUUGCCAAUUUAUCAGUUAAGAAAUGCUACAACCAUAGAUAAUCGGACUAACCCUUUUAUUUACCCAGUGGACGCAUUGCCAAAGGAACUAGUAAUUAAAAAUCAUACAGCUCCACUGGUGACGACCUGCCAGGAAAAAGCACACGCUGUGGUUCGAACAGGAGAAAUCACUUGGACAAUGUUGCCCAACACUGGAAAUAAAACUAGCCAGGCCGUUCAUCGCCUGGGGAACUGGAUGCCGGUCCCUAUAGGACCCCAAAAAGAGACUGCAAUCAUUUUACAACAACAGUUGAAAUGGCAAACUAGAUUGUUUAAUGACACUGCCGAUGUUUUAAUAAAUGUAACCAAAGCUAUUGAUGCAACUGUGUGUGGUUUACAGGUGAUAUAUUCCCGACUACAGGAGGAGAGGUUUGUACGGGUAAUAACUACACCUAACCCAAAUGAAUGGAGACGAUUGUUUGAUAUAUCUGAUGCUUCAUGGUUACAAAUAAAACCUGAACAGACUCGAUGUAAUAUGACCAUGUGUACAGUAAGUUGGAUACAGUGGAAUGUUACUCAAGUGAUCACCAUCUGUAAGUUUCAGGUAUUACCAUUGAUCGUACAUAAUAAGUAUAUGUUUUUGAGAACUUACGGUGAAUGGUUUAGUCCCCAAACUAAUCACACGUAUGACCUGAAGGACUGUGAAACUACUGAUCGAGGCCAAGCCUGCCUCUUAUCUAAAGGGUAUAGAGAUCCAUGCUUUACAGGAGACACGGCACUGUGUGAAUGGUAUAUAGAACCAGCUAGCGACAUGCUAUGGCAAGUGGGCCCCAACACCCUUUGCGUAGCUACUACUCACAACCAUACUCAGUUGCCUACUGUACCGUUCUCAGGUUGUUUAAAAGGUUUACACCUAUGGCAUUGGCACAAUGUAACUUACAGGUUGACUAACUUUACCACAGAAUCUCAUCUGACGGCUGUCCAGUGGAAAGUGUUACACCUACCAUGGCGAAUUUCUCUGGAGCGUUUCCAAAGUGCACUGUCUCGCUCCCGUGAUCUUAAAGAUAUUAUGUCUAGCCAUUCUCAGAAUGUUACCCGUGCCUUAGUAACAACUCUAGUUAACCGGGAACAGGUUUUGCAUGCAGCAAAGAUGGUGGAGAUGGACAGUGCUCAUCACUGGUGGGACAUUUUUUCAGGAAUGUCUGUCACCGCUAGAACAUAUGUAGCUCCACCAUUAUUGAUUCUUGUGGCUAUUUUAUGUGUGUUGACGCUAUGCAAUGUAUUAACAUGCCUUUAUAUACGCCGGAUUAAACAACGAUUGUCUAGGACCAUAUAUCACACUGCCUUAAGAUGAUGCACAUACAUAUUUUAGCAGAAGAUGGACCUUAUGGAACGAUGUGUUAUCAUGUAACUGUGGAUACAGAUACUGAUGUAGAUCAGUUCACUUAUAUGCACUGGAGUAAUCAAGAUCGAUGGGUGCACAAUGAUGUAUAUGCCACGCGAAUGGAGUUGUUAGAUUUCGUGUGUCAUUGGGUCAAUACUAUCUGCCAGGAGUAUCAACAUGCUCCUGGCCAUACUGAAGAUGAUGAUGUUAUCUGGGAAGGUGAAAGUUUUAUGAAUUAAGGCCAUUUUAGGCCAGAGGUGGAAUGAUAUGGGAAUAUCUAAUUUGUGUCCUAAAAUGACCAUCUGUAUACUAUUGGUGUUAUAUAACUGCUUGUUCCCAAGUGACCACCUGCAUGUUAUAUUAUUCUGCUUGUUUUGGGAACUGUGUA